AUGGCCCAGCCAGUCAAGGCAGAAGAGCCACCAAUGCAUUCCCUUACCCCAACGCCAUCGAAGCCAGCAACGCCAGCCCCCGCAACCGCUGCUCCUGCAACACCUUCCCCAGCUGGUUAUUGGGCUAUCGACCCAGUUCUGCAAGCUCAGUCUGCUCAACCAGGCCAGACAGCCUCAGGAACUUAUCAGUAUAGCUAUUAUCCCGGUUACUACCAGUAUCACCAACAGACUCAACCAACCUCUGGAACACCGACCCCAGCCCCUUCUACAGUUCCAACUUCGGCCACCAAUACAGUAACAGCCGCCAGCAACAGCAAUGCCACCAAUAGCAACAACGCUGCUGAUUCCAAUGAUAUUGCUACGCUGAAUGAUGCUUUGGGAAGUGCAGGAGUCGAUUUACGCGCCGAAGAGGAAUCACUGCAGCGUUUAGCAGACACCUCAUCAGGUUAUAGAUCCCAUCUUUCUUACAAUUCUUCGUACAACCAAGACCGUACGCGAAAACAACCACCCACUCCUUCAUUCAACACAACCUUUCUUGGCACGACCAUGCGUAAUAUCGCGACCACGCACAAAGUCACUCGCGUUCCGGAGGAUUCUAUCAACUAUUUGGCGCUAGCCCUUCGUGCACGACUAGGAGACCUUGUUACCUCCAUGGUCAAGGCAGUCAAACAUCGUACAGACGCCCAAUUUGAUCGCCCAGCAACAAUGUAUCCCGCGCCCACUAUCGACCCUUCGAAAGGUGGUGUCAUCAUAUCCGAGGGCAGUUCUCAAGACAAGGUAGACGAUUCGAUACCUACUCCGGAUCCAGUCCCAAUGUGGAGUAUAAUCAUCAGGACUGAUGUUGCCAAACAGCUGGCUGCAAUCGAAAAGGUUGAGAGAGAAGAAGAAACGCGGGUGAGAAAGGAGCGCAAGGAAAGAGCAGACCUUGCUGCCUCUCACGCUGCAGCCCUUGCCGCACAGGCUGCAGGAAACAAUCCUGCAGGUGUUGGAGGUGACGGUGAAGACGGUGAGGCUCCAAAAAAGAAGAGAAAAAAAGAUGGGCCAGGAGUUACUGCGAGAAAUAUGUCGGAGGACGUUAGGAAGAAGAUGUCGAAUGCUGUAGCUAGUCAAGCUGCAGGAAUUGGAGGAAGAUACGCUUGGAUGACAGCAGCGAACGCAAACGCUCCGCCACCGCCAAAAAAAACACACCCAACGGCCACGUCGUCAAUAUCUACCACCAAUACCAUCACACCAGCCCAAAACUCGGGCUCAUCGACCUCAUGGGGAAAGUCUUAUUCUGCGACAACAGCGAAGAAGUCAGAUCCUCCAGUGGACGAGGAUACGAGAGUAUUGGUUACGAUGAGGGAUGCAAUGUUUGUCAUCUCAACAGAAAGAGGGCAUGGUGGUGGCCGAGGUUCAGCCAGAGGCUGGACCUAG